UUUCACAAUAAUUAAUUAUUUAGUGGAAUUUGCUUUUGAUGAAUGUUAAAGGUGCUAACUGUAUUAUUUAUUUUAUAAUAUCUACUUAAAAUUGUGUUCAAGUAAAUUUUUUUUUUAAUUUCAUGACAAGCAUAUACAAAUGUCGCAAUUUACUUUUUUUUUUUUUUUUCAACGUUAAAAAAUUCAAGCCAGAAACGUACGAGUUUUAGUAUUAACAUUGUAAUUUAAUUAAUAUUGAUGCAAAGUACAUUGUUCUAGGAACUGUAACGUAUUACAUGUUUUACAAUUAAACUAUGAAUUCAUCAUAAUAUUAAUGCUCCUUGCGUUUUCAAGGUUCUUUCUUUUAUAAAACUGAUAUUUGUAAUAAAUGUUCCCCAAUUAUUUAACAUAUAAGAAUUAAGCAAAUAUUUCACUUCAAAUAUCUAUUUGGUAAUCAAUGAUAACCUAUCAAGCUUUUCCAUUUAUCCGUUACUGAUAAAUUAGUAUUAAAUUAGUUACAAGCGCGAUGUAACCAUGGAUUCGUAUAAUAAUUGACAAACUGUGGCAGUGACAGUAUAUCGAAGUUUCCGCGAAUGUCGCUCGAAAAUGUCUGGCCCUAUAUGAAUCGAGCGAGGGGAAAGGACUGUUGCGAAACACAUGAAAAAUCGACGGGAACCGUGUAAUUAAAAGAAUGGUACUAACCCUCCAUUUGUCGUCUCCCUUUUUACGUAUCUGUUUAAAAAAUUGGGAAUAUGUCACAUCGAAAAGAAGUAUUGGUAUCAAUCGACGUAUUCGAGAUUUACCACCGACUAUAUUAAAGGAUAUCUUAAAUGGUAAAAAUGAUGGAAAGAUAAUCGAAUCGGCAUCAUUCACGGGUGAUGCUUCUUGUGGAUCUGAAAAGCAACGAACAGAUUUGCAACCGGUAUGUCUACGUGAGGAACUCUUGUGCAAGGUGUCUAAUCCCGUAAGAGAUUGUUGUCAUAAAGUAUCCAUCGUCGGUGCUGGCAUGGUCGGUAUUGGUGUUGCCAACGCGCUUCUAUUUCAGAAAAUCGCAUCGCAUGUUGCUAUUGUCGACGCGUUUCCGAAAAAGUUGGAAGGAGAGGGCAUGGACCUUUCUCAUGGUUCACUUCUUAUAGGAGAUCCACAUAUCGAGUUUGAUACAGAUUUUUGUAUCACGAGCAAUUCCAGAGUAGUGGUCAUUUGUGCAGGAAUAAAACAGCAAAAAAGCGAAAGCCGUUUGGAUUUAUCAAAACGCAAUACUGACAUCUUCAAAACCAUAAUACCUCCUUUAUUAAGUUUUAGUCCUAACGCGGUUUUCGUUAUCGCUAGUAAUCCAGUCGACAUUCUUUCAUAUGUAACAUGGAAAGUGAGUGGUUUGCCCUACUAUCGUGUUAUCGGUUGCGGAACUCAUAUAGAUACCUGCAGAUUUCGAUACUUAAUCUCAGAUCGUUUAGGUAUCGCUCCAAGUUCCGUUAACGGUAUAAUAAUAGGCGAGCACGGAGAUUCUCAAGUUCCACUCUGGUCUGGAGUGAACGUUGCAGGAGUGCAAUUUCGCGAUAUCAUACCGAAUAUUGGUUUGGAAACCGACGAAGAAAAAUGGUACGAAAUUUCCAGGGAAGUAGUUCAAUUAGGUACAGUGAUCAGAUGUUUGAAAGGGUAUACGAAUACUACGAUAGGACUUUGCGUGGCUGACAUCGUAAAUGCAAUAUUGGGGAAUACACAACGCAUAUUGAACGUAUCGACUAUGAUACAAGGACAUUUCGACAUAUGUAAUGAAUUAUUUCUAUCAUUACCUUGCGCGAUUGGCGAAAACGGCGUCACAAAGAUAGUGAGACUACGUAUGACUGAAUUCGAGAAGAAGUUAUUUCAAACAUCUGCGAAUAUUGUGUACAAUGUUCAAAAGGAUCUCAAGCUAUAGUUGACUCCAUAUUGGUCGUAUAAGAACUACAUUCCGUUUUUUGUGCCAUGUUUAACUUGACGUGUAAAAAGUAUUACUAUCG